AUGGUGCCGCUCAGCGAGGUGGUGACACCUGGCGAUUCUGGCAUCGCCGCGAAGCAUCCCGACCGCCGGCCACGACUUCCAUCGCAGUCGCCCGUUCUGACCUAUCGCAUCUCGCCCGACUCCGAACAUUCGCCGCAUUGCCCCUCACGCACCGCCAAACUGGCUGCCCCGCGCCGUGUCCUGGGAGCCUUGAAUUCCCGUCUCUACCCCUCUCGCUCCCAUUCCCGGGCCUUUAACUCCGCAUUCGUCACCGUGGCUCCCUCACGCCCAACCUCUCGUCUGAAUCUCUUUUCUGGACACCUCGACUCCAGACCAUUCCUCGAGCUCAACACGCCCUUCUCCACCGAGCGCAGUGCACAUCUCGAAGACGACCAGGGCAAUCCAGCACAACAUCCACCACGGCCUGAGGAAGCGAUUCAACAGGAGCCACCCAAGAAGAUGUCUAGCCAGCCACCGCACCCCGCCCUGCUCAUUCCAGGCCCAAUUGAGUUCGACGAUGCUGUGCUCCAGUCCAUGAGCCACUACAGUGAAUCCCACGUCGGCGCCCCAUUCGUAAGCACAUUCGGCGAUGUUCUGUCCAACCUGCGCAAGCUCUUCCAGACCACCGACCCCGCCUCACAACCCUUCGUUCUCUCCGGUUCCGGCACGCUUGGCUGGGACCAGGUCGCCGCGAACCUCACCGAGCCCGGCGAGGAGGCGCUCGUCCUACACACCGGAUACUUUGCCGACUCGUUCGCCGACUGCUUCGAGACGUAUGGCGUCAAGGCAACACAGCUCAAGGCACCCAUCGGCGACCGGCCGCAGCUCGCUGAGGUUGAGAAGGCACUCAAAGAGAAGAAGUACAAGGUCCUGACCGUCACCCACGUCGAUACCAGCACUGGCGUGCUGAGCGAGAUCAAGGCGCUUAGCGAACUCGUGCACAAGGUCAGCCCGGAAACCUUGGUCGUCGUGGACGGUGUGUGCAGUGUCGGCGGCGAGGAGAUCAAGUUCGACGAGUGGAAGCUCGAUGUCGUUCUCACAGCUACGCAGAAGGCCAUUGGCUGCCCCGCCGGUCUCAGCGUGCUCAUGGCUUCUGGCCGUGCUAUCGACGCUUUCAAGGCGAGGAAGACGAAGCCUGCUUCCUACUUCGGAUCAUGGAAGAAUUGGCUGCCUAUCAUGCAAAACUACGAAGCCAAGAAGCCCUCUUACUUCGCCACACCCUCCCCUCAGCUCAUUCACGCUCUCGACACCGCCCUCAAGCAAAUCCUUUCGCGACCCCUCGAGGAGCGCUUUGCCGCCCACAGGGAGGCAUCCCAGAAGGUCAAGAAGGCAAUUGCCGACCUUGGCUUGAAGCAGCUUGCCUCCAAGCCUGAGAACCAAGCCAACACCAUGACGGCCAUUUACCUUCCCGAGGGUGUUACGCCACCAGACGUCGUUCCUAGCCUCCUAAAAAGGGGCGUUGUUUUCGCGGGCGGUCUGCACAAGGAGAUUGCCACCAAGUACAUCCGAUUUGGUCACAUGGGCGUCAGCGUCACAGAUCCGAACCGGGGCGAUCUGACCCUGGCCAUCAAGUCACUGAAAGAGUCGCUUGCUGAGAUUGGCAAGGCAUGAAAAGCCGCAAAUAGAACAGGAAGUGUAUAACAAAAUAGACUUGAUCCUUAGUACAUUGGAAGC